CUGAGCAGUCUUCCUGGACUGAACCCUGCAUCACCAGGGAGGAAUUGGGACAUUAGUGCCAUUCUGGAAACUCUACAUUGACGACAGCGGAAGGCCCUCUGCCCCCCCUUUCCAGGAGCAGCCAUGGCCCUGACUGACAUUGAUGUGCAGAAGCAGAUCAAACACAUGACGGCUUUCAUUGAGCAGGAAGCCAAUGAGAAGGCGGAGGAGAUAGAUGCCAAGGCGGAGGAAGAGUUCAACAUUGAGAAAGGCCGCCUGGUGCAAACCCAGCGACUGAAGAUCAUGGAUUAUUAUGAGAAGAAGGAGAAACAGAUAGAGCAGCAGAAAAAAAUCCAGCUGUCCACCAUGAGGAAUCAGGCGCGGCUAACAGUCCUGAGAGCCCGAGACAAUCUCGUCUUGGAAUUGCUCAGGGACGCGAAGGAGAGACUCAGCAGAGUUGUGUUGGAUAUAGAUACCUACCAAGAACUGCUGGAUAAACUCGUGCUCCAAGCCUUGCUCCGGCUGCUGGAGCCUGUGAUGAUUGUCCGCUGCAGGUCACAGGACCUCCACCUGGUGGAGGCUGCCGUACAGAGGGUGACGCCUCAGUACAUGGUGCUCUGCCAAAAGCACUCAGACAUCCAGGUCGAUCAAGAUGCAUACCUGGCCUCCAAUGCCGCUGGAGGGGUGGAGGUCUACAGUGGUAAUCAGAAAAUAAAGGUUUCCAAUACCCUAGAAAGCCGGCUGAGCAUCACAGCCCUGGAAAAGAUGCCAGAGAUACGAAGGACUUUGUUUGGAAGUAAUGCCAAUAGAAAGUUCUUUAUUUGA